CACCCUACUAGAAACGCGUGCGAACUUCGGAACGGACACACUUCUGGACAACACUGUUGCCAACCACAUCAUCGAGCUACUGGUCCGGAUAGUGCUGGAUGCUGAACCGAAUCCUGUGAGAUUGGACAGUCUUGCACCUACAAAUGAGACCUCGGGUGGAGCAAGUGGGUCGUAUCAGGGUGCAUAUCCAGGUAAGUAA